CUGCUUUUGCCAUUUCAUUUUCUACAGCUAAAUAAUAUUUCACUUUUCAUAACAACCUAAUCUUCGCUAUGUCCACACCAGGAACAGGCGCUUCGGAUCUGGACUCGGAAUCUGUGGAAGUACUCCGCGAACGCUUAAGCACCAUGAAGCGUUUAAUGGCCGAGCGUACAGCUCAGCAGCAGAAUAGCCCAGCAAUAACCGAAGAAAUCUUCUCAACCAAACGCCAUCGCUCAGCGGGCAUCAUCGACGGCAACUUCCUGAGCAUUGCCUUCGGCGGAGCCCUGCUGGUGAUUGUCACGGUUUCAGUCUAUGCAUUCUAUAAUCUAUAUCAUGCCAUACUCAAAAAGUUUCCGUCGCAUCACGAGGAGCUCUAAGCUGUACCAGACCUUAAUAUUAAUUUAACUUUUGUAUAUUGGUAUGGAAUUGUACGCAUUUAAAUAAACACGAAUUAAGACACUUAAUGAAAAUCGUUGUUAUUUUUUUUCCUUUGCUGUUUUGCAUUCGGUUAAAUUAACUAUUUAUUGAACUUGCUUUCUGCUUAAUUACAAUCAUCAACAUUUAGAGUUUAGUUCCAUCAUACAAAAUUGAAUGCAUGCACAGCAAAAAGAGAACAAA